AUGGAGAAUGAGAAUAAAUCAAGAUUCAAAAGGGUUUGUGUGUUUUGUGGAAGUAGUUCUGGGAAAAGAGAUGUCUAUGGAGAUGCUGCCAUUGAGUUGGCUCAAGAACUGGUAGCAAAGAAGCUUGAUCUUGUGUAUGGAGGGGGAAGCAUUGGCUUAAUGGGUUUAGUUUCUCAAGCUGUUCACUGUGGUGGUGGUCAUGUUCUUGGGAUCAUACCAAGGGCUUUGAUGGGGAAGGAGAAAACUGGUGAAAGCAUAGGUGAAGUUAAAGCUGUUGCUGACAUGCACGAAAGGAAAGCUGAGAUGGCCCGCAACUCCGAUUGUUUCAUUGCACUACCAGGUGGAUAUGGUACUCUUGAGGAGUUACUUGAAGUCAUUACUUGGGCACAACUUGGAAUCCAUGACAAACCUGUGGGUUUACUGAACGUUGAUGGGUACUACAACUAUCUGCUCACAUUCAUCGAUAAAGCAGUAGAUGAUGGAUUUAUCAAACCUUCUCAACGUCACAUCUUUGUCUCUGCACCAAAUGCCAAAGAACUUGUUCAGAAACUCGAGGAGUACAUCCCUGUAAAAGAUGGAGUGAUUCCUCAGGUCAAGUGGGAGGUGGAGCAGGUUGGGUUCAAUGCUUUACAUGCUUCUGCUGAAAUUGCUUUGUAG